AUGCUCCAGGCGCAUUGGAACACCAAGGACGGAUGGCUUGCUCCAGAAAUUGUUCCGUACCAGGAUUUGAAGCUCGACCCAGCCACCUGCGUUUUUCAUUAUGCUUUUGAGUGCUUUGAAGGAAUGAAGGCCUACAAGGGCAAAGAUGGCUCUGUUCGAUUAUUUAGACCGGAUAAAAAUAUGGCACGACUCAACAAAUCUUCUAGACGGAUUGCACUUCCCAAUUUUGACUCUAAAGCGAUGAUUAAGCUCGUUGGCGAGCUCGUGAAGCUGGAUAGUAGAUUCAUCCCACAGGAACGAGGCUACUCGUUAUACUUGAGACCUACGAUGAUUGGCACACAGAAAACUCUUGGUGUCUCUGCGCCAGGCUCAGCAAUGAUAUUUGUUAUUGCCAGCCCUGUUGGCCCCUACUACCCUACUGGCUUCAAAGCCGUUUCCCUUGAAGCAACAGACUACGCCGUUCGUGCUUGGCCUGGAGGCGUUGGAGAUAAAAAACUUGGAGCAAACUAUGCACCAUGUAUUGUUCCACAGCUUGAAGCAAGCAGCCGGGGUUUCCAGCAGAAUUUGUGGUUGUUUGGUGAAGAACAAUACUUGACCGAAGUCGGCACCAUGAAUCUCUUCAUCGCUUUGAAGAACAAGGAGACUGGUCAAAAUGAGCUCAUCACACCCCCAUUGGACGGUACAAUCCUUGAAGGCGUCACACGUGACUCCGUGUUGACUCUGGCUCGUGAGAGACUUGUUCCCCGGGGCUGGAAUAUUGUGGAGCGCAAGAUUACUAUGCCAGAGCUUGCACAAGCGGCGGACGAAGGCCGGCUGAUUGAAGCCUUUGGUGCUGGAACCGCUGCUAUUGUCAGCCCUGUGCGCAACAUUAGCUGGAAGGGCAGGCUUGUUGAAUGUGGGUUGAAGAAAGAUGAGGAGGCCGGUAAGGUUGCACUUGAGAUGAAGAACUGGAUCGAAGGGAUCCAAUACGGGGAAGAAGAACACCCAUGGAGUGUGAAACUGUAA